UCAUGACCACCUGAGUAAAUGCAGAUAUGCAUCUAGUUACUUGUUAUUGAUAGAAGAUGUUAUUUUGAACUUGUAGCCACCAUUGUUGGUUUCUUUAGUGGUGUCCCACAGCCUUGUAUCAGGGCUGAAAUGUCCAGGUUGGUCAACAAAGAGGAGCAAGGUACAUGCCCUAAAUACUUAGUGAGACAUUAAUCUCCUCUUUUAAAACAAAACCUCAAACCCUAAGGGAUUAAUGUAUCACUGUGAAUAGAACUUGAAUCCUGUUGCAUUAAUGAACCUUUCAAUUAGUUUUAGUUAGACUUGUGGGGUUUUUCACUACUGGUACUUUUCUGAGACCUAAAUUUUUUCAAGACAGAAUCACAUAUUACCCCUAAACUCGAGGAAUUUAAAAUUACUUGUCUUGAAACACUUCAUCAAUUAUUAAGGCUCUAGUGUUUAGAACAAAUCCUGUUUAUUUCUGAAUCAAAGUUUAGACCCCUCUCCCUGUUCCCCCAUGCUCAUUUGCUGGAUUUCUUGGGCAUUAUGACUUGAUAAUAAAUUCAUGUUAUCUAACUUUUAGAUAAACAUAACUAGGUUCAUUGUUUUUUGUUCAGGUUCUCUUUUUGCUGUUCUAGCAUCUCUGGAGAGUCUGUGUAAUUUUUUUAGUCAGCUGAUUUUUAAUCCACUUUACACAUGGACUGUAACUGAACUCACAGGAGAAUAUGUGGCAGGAAUUACCUUCUUCAUCAAUGCUGGUCUCCUUCUCAUUCCUAUGGCUCUUAUUUUGUAAGUAACUAAAAUUGUAAUAAUUUAAAUCAUUAUAAUAAGAAUAAUUUUAUCAAUAUGGUUGCCACUUAUUGAGUUCCCUGACUUUUCCCUGACAUGAGUCAAAUUUCCCCUACCAACUCAAUUAAUAACUUCGCUUACCAAUCCUGACAGUGACCUCCAAUUUCCACUCACAGCCAUCCUGUCAACACAGAACUUCUAUGAGUACUACAUGUAAUUCCAAAUACCAGUAGCUAUUUUGUUUGCAACAAGACAUAAUCCAAUAUUGUAACCACACAGGUAAACAAUUAUCGGCAAUAUCAGGAAAAAAACCUUUUUCAAAAUUCUGAAACCAGAAUACAAGUUCAGUUAUGUGCAGUCAUUGUGAUUUCUUUCCAAUUUUGACUUUUUUCCUCUCUUUUUUCAUUAGGGUCAUUCAGAGGAGUAAACCUUCAAAGCCAAAGGAAUUUCCUCCUCUUCUUGACAAUGAAAAUCCAGCAAAGUCAUACAGCAAGCAGGAAAGGAUCUAACUUCAAGUCAUCUGGUCUCAGUUGUUGAAAUGGUGCAUAAUGCAGUAUAUUUUGUCAACAUUUAUCAGCUGAAUACUUAUUGAUAUCUGUUGAAUAGCAUUAUCCACCCUUUUAAUUACUGGACCUUGCUAUGCUAACAUGAAAAACACAGAUAUGUAUAACCAAAAACUGAACGUCAAAAGAUGGUUUAACCAACUAUCUUGCUGCUUUAUUUGCAUCACAAUUCUCUGAGAACUGAUUCCAUUUUGUGUGUAAACACUUAGCUAUUAUCCUUUCAAUCUACACAAUGUUAGAUGUCUUUUGCUAUUAGAGCAGUUUUCAAUGGAGUAUUUAAUGUGAUCCUAAAAUACUUUAGUUACUCUGUGAUUGGUCUUGCAAAAACUCUUGCCACCAUCUUAACCAAACAGAUUCAAAAGUAAACCCAACCCCAACUUGGUCACUUUUGUUUUCCAGUGCUUCAAGCAGGUUGCCUGUUUUUUACUUUGAGUUGUCAUUAGUUAAUGAUGUUAACUUUUUGUUCUGAUUGAUAAUUGUGAUAACUUUGGUUUUGGCUUUAACUUUCACUUGAAAACUACUCUUACUGUUACAUGUACAUCAUUAAUUCAUUCAAAACAUGGAAGGAAGACAUAGUGUAAUGUGCUAUUUGCAUUAGUUACACGAUGGGGCAAUUGAACUGGCAAUUUUUAGAAAUACAUAGAAUGAGUCAAAUAUGUAACAAUUAGCAAAAUGUUCAAUACAAGUUAAUUUGGCUGCAAUGGCCACAAAUUUUACAAAAUCCAGAAAAUGAUAUAAAUUUUUCUAUAUGAAUGUAAUGCAAUAAUAUUUUGUAAAUAGUGAGAAAUUGUAGAUUACAAAUGGGGCAGUUUUUGCCAGCACCAUUAUCUGGAAAAGUCAGAAAACCAUGAACCUCUAAAAUGCUAAGGGAAUGUUUGGUAUAUAAUGAGGAGCAACAGUCAACUUGGUGAUUGUAAAUCACAAGCAGACAACAGAGAGACAAAUUAGUAUCUACAUGCCAUUACUACUCCUGUGUACUGUUUAUUCUUGUCCCCCUCACAUCUUUGGACUUGUUUGUCACUGUGCAUUAACAAACAGAAAUAUUUAUAGUGUUCAUGGUUUUCUAGAACUUGCAGUAAAAAAGUGUACAUAACUGAAAUACAUGUGAUGCUCAUUUCCACAUUCUAGAUGUUGAGAGUGACUUUAGCCAAUGAUUUUCUUUUUUGUCAAAUCAGCAGUGGUAUGAUUUUUAUUAUUUACAACAGAGUUAUCACCAGAUUAGAACAUCUGGUGCCAGUAUCAAGGAUGCA